UCCGCUCUUUCCGGCCGGGGGGGGCAUGUGGCGGCGCGGGCGGCAGGCAGCGCGGGCGGCGGGGCGGCUCCUGCCCGGCCGCUGAGGAGGGGCCGGGGCGCGGGGUGGCCCGUGGGGGCUCGGGCGCCGCCGGCGCCAUGCUGGGAGGGGACGAGUUCAUCAGCUCCCCGCCGAGGAAGACGGUGCGGUUCGGGGGGACCCUGGCGGAGAUCUUGCUCAAGUACGACAAGGGUGAGACCACAGAUUUUGAGUUGUUAAAGCAUCAGCUGUCAGAUCCAGACAUAAAGGACGCCCAGAUCAUUAAUUGGCUGCACGAAUUUCGAGCUUCUGUUGCAUAUUUGACCAAAGAACUUGAACAGCUUGUCAGCAUUUUGCUGAAGCUGCCAUGGUUGAGAAGAAGCCGAGAAGUAGUGGAAGAAUAUCUGGGUUUUCUUGGCAAUCUAGUGUCAGCGCAAACUGUCCAUCUUAGGCCAUGCCUCCGCAUGAUUGUAUCACAGUUUGUCCCCCCUCGAAUAACCAUCAGAGAAGAUGAUGUGGAUAUUUCAGAUUCUGACGAUGAUGAUGAAAAUCUUCCUGAAAACUUCAAUACAUGCCACAGAGCAUUGCAAACUGUUGCCAGAUAUGUUCCUUCGACACCACAGUUUCUCAUGCCAAUACUGGUGGAAAACUUUCCUUUCAUUAAUAAAUCAGAAAGAACUCUGGAAUGUUAUGUUCAUAACCUGCUACGAGUUACAGUCUACCUUCCAACUCUGAGGCUUCAAAUUCUGGAGCUUAUUAUUGAAAAGCUGUUAAAGUUGGAUGUUAGUACUCCACAGCAAGAUAUUGAAGAUGCUGAAGAAGCUGCUAAUAACUCUGACAGCGAGGAAAAAUCUACGGAGGAGGGACUUUUUGACAUGGAGGAAGAUGAAGAAAGAAAAGGAGACAAAGUUGCCUCUUCCCGGAGUGAGAGAAUGGCCCAUCCGCUCGCAGAGCGCCUUGAUAUUUUGAUGACCAUCCUGUUUUCCUAUAUUAAAGAUGUUUGCCACGUGAAUGGCAAGCUUGAUAUCAACAGCACAAAGGAUUUGUAUCGUGAUCUGGUUUCUGUUUUUGACAACCUCAUUCUACCAACCCAUGCUUCGUGUCAUGUACAGUAUUUCAUGUUUUACAUCUGUAGCUUUAAAUUGGGCUUGGCUGAGGCAUUUUUAGACCAUCUUUGGAAAAAACUGCAGGAUCCAAACAAUCCUUCAGUGAUCAGGCAGACUGCUGGGAGUUAUAUUGGCAGCUUCUUGGCAAGAGCUAAAUUUAUUCCAGUUGUUACAGUGAAAGCUUGCCUGGAUCUUCUGGUGAACUGGUUGCAUAAAUACAUUGAUAAUCAGGAUAGAGGGGCUAACGCUUACUGCGAUGUAGCUCUCCAUGCACCAUUUUAUUCGACAUGUCAGGCAGUGUUCUAUACACUUAUUUUCCGUCAUAAGCAACUUUUGGAUGGGAACUUAAGAAAAGGUCUGGCGUAUCUGCAGAGUUUAAAUUUUGAGCGCAUCGUCAUGUGCCAGCUAAACCCUCUGAAGAUUUGUAUACCCUCUAUUGUGAACUUGUUUGCUGCCAUUACCAGGAAGUACCAGUUGGUGUUCUGCUACACAAUUAUUGAGAGGAACAAUAGGCAGUUUAUACCAGUCGUUCGGAGUGGCACUGGGGGUGACCUUGUGCAAACGUGCACCAACCCGCUUGACAGUUUCUUCCCCUUUGAUCCUUACAUACUCAAAAGGUCAAAGAAAACUAUUGAUCCUUUUUAUCAGUUUUGGGAAGAGCUGAGUGCUGAGGAUCUUGAGAAUCUGGAAAAACCCAUUAAAAAGGGUACUUCUGAAGAUGAAGAUGAUGACUUUUUGAAAGGAGAAACUCCUCAAAAUGAUGGUGUGGUUGGAAUUGCUCCAAAUUCUUACGAGUCAAAUACCCGGAGCCCAGUGAGCAGCAUUGGCUCCCCUCCAGACUGUUUUGUGCCGUACACUCAAUGACGUGGAGAAUCGGAAGUUAAAAGUUUGAAAAUUGCGUGCAAUUAUGUGCUCUGUAAAGAGACUUUAGCUCAACUGGCAAAUGUUUAAGUAACUACACUUAAGAAAAAUUACUGUUUCUUAAUCAUCAGAUUUCUACAGAUACGUUAUGAUAAAGUUAUAUGUUGCUAGAAAAUAUUAGAGAAUAAAUAGGGUGGUAUUUUACAAAUUUCA